GCCGACUACAACAACCACUCUCUUUGCGCUUCCGUACUCUCGCCUUUCAUCGCGCAACUUAGGCUACGAGCACAUUCUGGAACGCGCGGACACUGCAUUGAAAAGACCCCGCCUGAACGAAGCAGCGCAUUUCGAAGACAGACAACGACAACAUGGACUACGACGCAUUCGGCGCCACCGAUGGCGAUGACAGCGGGCCAAAGAUCACAAUCCGAGAGACUUCGAAUACCACGAUCCGCUUCCGAUUGUCCAACACCUCGCUCGCGCUCGCCAACUCCGUACGUCGCGUAAUGCUCGCAGAAGUACCCACCAUCGCGAUCGAUCUCUGUCAAAUCGAAAGCAACACCUCUGUCCUCGCUGAUGAAUUCCUCGCGCACCGAUUGGGACUCAUCCCACUGAGCACAAAAGGCGUAGACGAAAUGGUAGAUUUUCGAGACUGCACAUGCGACGAAUACUGCGACAACUGCAGCGUCGUCCUCCGACUAAACGCCGCCAACCGCAACAGCGACCAAAACCUCAAAGUCUUCGCGCGAGACCUCUUCGUCGAAUCCGGCGCUCCAGGCGCAACGUACAACCGCACGAGCUCCAUGAACGGCUCCUCAUCCGAUGACCUCCCCCCACGCGGCUCACCCAUCAUCGCCGACCCAGCCGGUCAAGGCCCUCUAAUCUGCCAGUUACGCAAAGGCCAAGAACUGCGAAUAAAAUGCAUAGCAAAGAAAGGCAUAGCGAAAGAACACGCAAAAUGGGCACCUACAGCAGCCGUAGGAUUCGAAUACGAUCCGUGGAACAAAUUGAAGCACACAACACUUUGGUACGAAACCGACCCGAAAGCCGAAUGGCCAGAACCGCAAAAGAAUGGCGACUGGGAAGAACCGCCGCAAGAAGGGGAACCCUUUGAUUAUGCUGCAGAGCCCACGAAUUUCUAUUUCGAACUCGAAGGAACGGGCGUCAUGCCUCCGGAUCAGAUUUUACAUUCGGGAAUUCGGGUCUUGCAGGCUAAAUUGGCUGGUAUAAUACGAGAUUUGAACUCGGAUGGACAAUCGGGUGAUCAGAAUGGUUAUGGGGGUUUCAGUCCGAAUGGGGAUCCUAUGACGAACGGUGGGCAGAGUGCGUAUGGUGGAGGGACGGCAUAUGGAGCUGAUGGGUAUGGAGGUGGAACGGCGUAUGGUGGGAAUACGGCGUAUGGUAAUGGGGCGGGAAGUGUGUAUGGAACUACUCCGUAUGGGUCAAGGCCGUAUUGAGAGCGGGGCUUGAGUUUCACGAAGAUGGAAGGGGCAUUUGGGAGAGUGAAGAAAAGGCCUGGAGUAGAGCGAAAAGACAGUGCAACCAUGCAUGCCUCCCAUUGAAGAGACGAAAGACGCGAUGGGUUUCGAGCGAUGGCGUUGGAGGUCGCAUAUGAGCUGGCGAGCUCAGGUCAGAUCAUCAAGAAAAGUCAGAAAGAUGCCACGCAAACAAAGUCCUGGCGCCAGGUAUGGCAGUCAGUAAAACGCAAUUAGCUCGACGAAGUGCCGCAAAAGGCUCUGCUAGAGGACAGUGUACCAA